AUGCAGCUGGUCAUGAUACUAGCAAAGACAAUCUACAUCAGUUUCAGAAUCCAGGCCAGCAUCAACAGCCAAACCCGUCACAUGGUCACAGUUGCAUUUUACCACAAAGUGGAAGACUUGGAGGACAACAUUCCACUGCAACAGUCUCAUACAUGGCUAAUUUUCAAAUAUGAAAAUAGCUGGGUUCGAAGAGACAAGGCCUAUGCCCCACUCUCCUGGUCUGCUCAGCCUUAUAUCCAGCAAUCUAGUGGUGUACAGUUGCUCGAACUUUACAGUCAGGCAAAUGAGGCACUAGGCGACAAGAGAGUUCCCCAAGUCAAUUCACAGCCACCAAUGUUACCAGUAAUGAAUGAUGUACCAAGUGACAGGAGAGCACCCCCAUUCAACUUGCAACAGUUUCCAGUGGCGGCUGGGUUACAACAGAAACGAGAACGUGAGGAAGAGUGCAAUGACCUAUCAGAAGCAAGAGACAGUACAAAGAAGAUACAGAAAGAGAAUGGCGAGUCAUUGACUCAACCUAGUGAGGGUACCAAGCAAACUCAGCCUCGCUCCACGAAAGGAUCAAAGCAGGAAAGGAUAUUUUCAUACAUCCUGAAUUUCGAGUCUAUCACUGGCAAUGGCGGUGGGGAUCCUGAUAUUGAAGAUAUUGGGAAUUUAUCAGGGGCUAUGUUGAAGAAAUGGUAUGAAGCAGGAUGGUAUGAGCUGUUCAACAACUGGAUUGGUAGACUUGGUGAACAUCCAGGACUUGUAUGGGAGGAGGAAUUCCGCUCUGGAAUGAUAUCUGAUGCACUCGAGAUCAGCAGUGACGCAAGUGACACAAGUGAUGAAGAACACAAAGUCAAGGCAAAGAAGGCACAUAGCAAAGCUCUGCAGAGAUCAACUUCAUCAGCCACUGAAAUAAAGGCUAAGUCAGUGUCAAAAGGGGUGCCUGCACAAUGUCACAAAAAGAAGGCCUCACAGAGUAGCAUCAGCAUCAAAGCUGCUGACUUUUUCUCGUCCAAUGUUGAAUUCCUGAAGGCAACUGCAAAUACUGAUGGCGAGCAGCUGAAGUUGCUCAAAAAACACAAGGAUCGAGAGGAUAAGCAGCAUGAUUUUAUGGUAGAGAAGGGACGAGCAGAGGUGGCACUGGCAGAACGGGAGGCAAGGGCAAAGAAUGCCCAAGAGAUUUUGACUAUGGAUGGUAUGCCAGAUGAGGUGAAGGACACAGCUCAUCAAGUGUUAUUGGACUACUUUUCUAUUGCAGCCAGAAACAUCAACAUCAGCCACAUCAUCCUUGGAAUCAUCAGAAGUAAUGAGAGCUUCGACGACAUGAUCCUUGAGACUAGGAAAACAGCCCUUCAAAAUGCCGAAUGUAUGCUCGACAAUGAUGCGUUGCGAGGACAAGCAUUUGUUGAAUUUACAUCGACGAGCUUUUUCAUUGGCUGGUUGCCCAUUGACCUCAGGUUCAGUGAAUGGCCAGAGUACAUAUGGUGA